AUCAGCUGAAAAGGACGAAAAAAGAUAACAUGAUAAGAAGAGUUCCCAACCUUCAAUUCUUCAACGUUAUUGCAAAUAUAAGAGGAUAUUGCAAUAAAUAUUUUGGGCCAUAGAACAUAAAAACUGAACGGAGAAAGAUGAUAAAGCCGCAUCUUUUGCAUCAAUCAUACCAAAAAACCAACCAUACCUUCUUCUCUCUUCAUAGGCCAUACUUCCAUGGCGGCCGCGGCGACAUUGGCGCCAACAAAAUUAGAACUUUAUCAACUCUUCCACUACUAUGGCCGGCUCACGCGAAGAAGAGGGAAAGACUUAAGCGCCUUGUCCUUCCCCCUCCUCUCGCGCAAGCUAGCCCUGGUUCUUCAGCUACCACAAAAGACAUAUAUCAUGUUAUUGAUGACACCAAUGAGAAUAAGGACAAUGGUGUUGUGAAUGUUAAAGCGGUGGUUAAGGUGAAGUUAACAAAGGCUGGGUUUUUUUCAAGUCUUAGUUUGGACCGUGGAAUUGAUGAUUUAACUGAUUUGCUUGGUAAAUCUAUCUUGUUGGAACUUGUUAGCUCCCACCUUCAUGAUUCUGAGGGUGGAAUGGAGAAGGAGACGAUUAAAGCAUACGCACACAAAGCAGGGGGAGAUGAGAAGUCGGUUAAGUAUGAAAGCGAUUUUGAAGUAGCAAAUGAUUUUGGAGAGAUUGGUGCAGUUCUUGUUGAGAAUGAGCAUCACACUGAGAUGUUUCUUGAAACCAUCACCCUCCAUGGCUUCCCGGAGGGUCCUGUUCAUUUUGAUUGUGCUUCAUGGGUUCAUUCUAAGUUCGAUAAUCCCACCAAAAGAAUAUUCUUCACCAAUAAGUGUUACUUACCAUCGGAAACCCCGAGUGGUUUAAGAAGAUUAAGAGGAGAAGAAUUGAGUAACCUGAGAGGGAAUGGAGAAGGAACACGAAAAAGCUUUGAAAGAAUUUACGAUUACGACAUUUACAAUGACAUUGGUGAUCCAGACAAAAGCCUUGAUCUUCAGAGGCCUCCCUUAGGCGGCAAAGAACGACCUUAUCCCCGCCGUUGCCGAACCGGCCGUCCACACUCCCAAGCAGAUCGUUGGUCAGAGAAUAGGAAUAAUGGAAAAAAAUUCUACGUUCCAAGGGAUGAGUGCUUCUCGGAGGUGAAGGAGCUAACGUUCUCAACAAAGGCACUGCACGCGGUGCUUCUGAUACUGGUUCCGUCGCUGGGGAAAAUAAUCAAAGACAAGGAUCUUGAGUUCCCGUUCUUCCAUGAGAUUGAUUCACUGUUCAGCGUUGGACUUGAUUUGCCUUCUGAAGCUGAGGAGGGAUUUCUUGGAGCCAUGAUGCCUAGGCUUGUCAAAUACAUUUCCGGUGGUGAUCGCCAAAAUGUUCUUCGCUUCGAGACCCCUGAGACAAUGAACAGGGAUAGAUUUUUCUGGUUUAGGGAUGAAGAAUUUGCUAGACAGACUGUUGCUGGCCUCAACCCACUUAGCAUAAGUUUGGUCAAGGAAUGGCCUUUGAGGAGCGAACUUGACCCAGGUAAAUACGGUCCACAAGAAUCAGCAAUUACUUCUGAAAUUAUCAAUAAAGAGAUAGGAGGAAUACUUACCGUAGAAAAGGCUAUUGAAGAAAAGAAGUUGUUCAUUUUGGACUACCAUGAUAUAUUAUUACCAUAUGUUAGCAAAGUAAGGAAACUGAAGGGGAAAACACUGUAUGGAUCAAGAACUUUGUUCUUUCUAACUCCAGAAGGGACACUGAGACCUCUUGCCAUUGAACUUACAAGACCUCCCAUGGAUGGAAAAAAGCAAUGGAAGCAAGUCUUCACUCCUUCUUGGCACUCAACAAGUGUUUGGCUAUGGAGAAUUGCUAAGGCCCAUGUUCUUGCACAUGACUCUGGCUAUCACCAACUUAUUAAUCAUUGGUUAAGAACUCACUGUGUGACAGAGCCAUAUGUUAUUGCAACAAAUAGACAACUUAGUAUAAUGCAUCCUAUAUAUAAAUUGCUACACCCUCAUUUUCGUUACACAUUAGAGAUUAAUGCAUUGGCACGAGAAGCACUUAUUAAUGCUGAUGGCACAAUUGAGAGCUCAUUCGCACCGGGAAAGUAUGCCAUGGAGAUUAGCUCUGCUGUCUAUCAUCAUCAUUGGCGAUUUGACAUGGAAUCUCUACCUGCAGACUUAAUCAGAAGGGGAAUUGCCAUAAAAGAUCCAUUUGAACCACAUGGGCUAAGACUAACAAUCAAAGAUUACCCUUUUGCCAAUGAUGGACUCCUUUUAUGGGACAUUAUCAAGCUAUGGGUGACGGAUUAUGUGAACCAUUAUUACCCUAAUUCAAGUGUUGUGGAGCAUGAAGAGGAGCUUCAAGCAUGGUGGAAAGAGAUAAGAACAGUUGGACAUGGUGACAAAAAGGAUGAACCAUGGUGGCCAAUUCUCAACACUCCCAAGGACUUAAUUGGAAUUCUAAGCACAAUAAUUUGGGUAACUUCUGGUCACCAUGCAGCUGUAAACUUUGGUCAAUACACAUAUGGUGGUUACUUCCCAAAUAGGCCAACAAUUGCAAGGACCAAAAUGCCCUCGGAAGACCCUUCAGAAGAAGAGUGGAAGGAGUUCCUUAAGAAGCCUGAAAGAGCACUUCUCAAGUGUUUUCCUUCUCAGCUUCAAGCAACAAGAGUCAUGGCCGUCUUGGAUAUUCUCUCCACUCAUUCGCCCGACGAGGAGUACAUCGGCGAGAAGAUGGAACCUUCUUGGGGUGAAGACCCUGUUAUAAGAGAUGCAUUUGAAAGGUUUAAAGCCAGAUUGAAGAAACUUGAAGUACUCAUUGAUGAGAGGAAUGAGAAUACAAAGUUGAAGAACAGAAAUGGUGCUGGUAUUGUUCCUUAUGAACUUUUGAAGCCUUUUUCAAAGCCAGGAGUCACUGGAAAGGGGGUUCCUUGCAGUAUUUCCAUUUGAAUUUUCUAAUUUUGUUAAUUAUACCAUCUAAAAUACUCUUAAUUAAUUAGUAAUAACUAGAUUCUUAUAAUGUUAUUAGUGUGCUUGAGCUUCAAUAUGUAAAAUAAUAAAACUCUACGUCCAAGUAAAAUACUUAUCUAAGUUGUUAUAAUAACUUUUUAAUUCA